CACGGGAAGGGCGGAACGCGGCGGCGGCGCCCGUUUCCUCCGUCGCGUCUCGGCGGCUGCGGCGGACGCGGCCGGGCUCGCCGGUGGCCGGGCGGGCGGUGGAAGGAUGGCGUACUUCGUGGAGAGCUUCUGGGGAGAAAGGAACAAUGGCUUUGAUGUCCUCUAUCACAAUAUGAAACAUGGACAUUUGUCAACAAAGGACUUAGCAGACUUUAUUAGAGAAAGGGCUACAAUAGAGGAGACAUAUUCAAGGUCAAUGACAAAACUAGCCAAAUCAGCAAGCAAUUACACACAACUUGGGACAUUUGCACCAGUUUGGGAUGUUUUCAAAACCUCAACAGAAAAACUAGCAAGUUGUCAUUUGGAUCUUGUGCGGAGAUUGCAAGAGCUAAUAAAAGAAGUUCACAAGUAUGGAGAUGAACAGAUCAAAGCUUACAAAAAGACUAAAGAAGAUGUUUCAGGAACUUUGGAAGCAGUGCAAAAUAUUCAAAGUAUCACUCAGGCCUUGCAGAAAUCAAAAGAAAACUACAAUGCAAAGUGUGUGGAACAAGAACGCUUGAAAAAGGAAGGAGCAACACAGAGAGAAAUUGAAAAGGCAGCAGUUAAAUCUAAAAAAGCAACAGAUACCUAUAAACUGUAUGUGGAGAAGUAUGCUACAUUUAAAUCUGAUUUUGAACUGAAAAUGACAGAAACAGCACAGAAAUUUCAAGACAUCGAAGAAAUGCACCUUCUUCGAAUGAAAGAGAUUAUACAGUCAUUGUCAAAUACCAUAAAAGAAAUUCAUUUACAAAUAGGAGAGGUGCAUGAAGAGUUUAUUAAUAACAUGACAAAUACAACAGUUGAGAGUUUAAUACAGAAAUUUGCUGAGUCAAAAGGAACUGGCAAGGAAAGACCUGGCCCUAUUGAGUUUGAAGAAUGUAACACAUCCAGUGUAGCUGAAGGAAUAAAACCGCGGAAAAGGAAGCCUUUUGGUUUAUCAGGAAUAAUGAAAAAAGAAAAAGAUACUGAAUCUGUGGAGUGUCCAGAUGCAGACUCAGUCAACUUUCCUGACGUAGAUGAUGAAGGAUACAGCAUUAAACCAGAAGCAACACAAGAUACCAAGGAGAACCAUUUCUAUUCAUCCAGUGAGUCUGACUCUGAAGAUGAUGAACCUAGGAGAUUCCAUGUAGAAAUAAAACCUGUCCAGCCAAAUAACAGCUCUCAGUACACUAUGCCUUCUUUGGAUGAAUUAAAAGUAUCCAUAGGAAACAUCACUCUUUCUCCAGCAAUAUCUCAGAGGCACAGUCCUGCACAAAUGAAUCAAAAUUCAUCCAGUGAAGAGUUAACAAAAUCAAAAUUUUCUGCUCCAACUACUGAAAAGGGGAACAGUGACUUCCUGGCAUGGGAUCCACUUUUCAGCACUUCUCUUGAAUCUUCCUCUUCAGCUUCUUUGGCAUCCUCAUCUUCCUCAGCUACCCUAACAGAGCACAAUAGAAGCUCCUCAUCAUCUACCACUGAUUUGCCUGGGUGUAGAAUAUCUCAGUCUUUGCUUGGACACCAGACAGAUUCUGGGUCUACAAGCCCAUCCUCACCAGGCUUUACCAUUAGCCCUUUGUGCAAAUCUGGUGUUACAGCAGCGCCAUCAGGGAGUACCAGUACUUUAUCCUGUUUUUCACGGUCUCAGAGUCAGUGGAUUUCCUUUGCUGAUGAACUUCUUACAAUUAGACACACAAGCACAGACAAGAAGGAGCCCCAAAGAUUGCAUUUUAAAACUGAAAAUGCCUGCCUUGCCUCUUCUGCUUUGCUUGGGAAUUCUUCCAACAGCUGUGCUUCUGAGGAUCAAAGCGACCUUUUCAAUAACUUUAUAUGCCAUGAACAAUUAUUCAUUGAAGAAACUGGCACUGCUACUGAAAUAUCUUCUGCAUCAUCUUCAGCACUACUGGACUAUAGUUUAGUGUCUUCUUGUGCUCAUACAAAUAAGGCAAGGCCCACCACUCCUCUUUCUGUGGGCACCAUUGUACCCCCACCAAGGCCUGCUUCACGACCAAAGCUGUCUACCGGGAAACUUAGUGGGAUUAAUGAAAUACCUAGGCCAUUCAGCCCUCCACUGAUUGCUAACUCAAGUCCACCUCCAGCAGCUCCUUUGGCACGCGCAGAGAGCAUUUCUUCUAUAUCUUCUUCUGCUUCUCUCAGUGCAGCAAACACACCUACAGUUGGUGUUUCACGUGGUCCCAGCCCCGUCAGCCUUGGAAACCAGGACACCUUGCCUGUUGCAGUAGCUCUUACUGAAUCUGUUAACGCCUACUUUAAAGGAGCAGAUCCCACAAAAUGUAUUGUGAAGAUUACUGGUGAUAUGACAAUAUCAUUCCCAAGUGGGAUUAUUAAAGUAUUCACCAGCAACCCAUCUCCUGCUGUGCUCUGCUUCAGGGUGAAAAACACUAGCAAACUAGAGCAGAUUCUUCCAAAUGCACAACUUGUAUACAGUGAUCAGUCACAAAGUGACUCCAGUACUAAAGACUUUUGGAUGAACAUGCAAGCUAUAACUCUCUACCUCAAGAAAUUAUCAGAGCAGAAUCCAUCUGCAUCCUAUUACAACGUGGAUGUUCUAAAGUAUCAGGUAUCUUCAAAUGGCAUACAGUCCACUCCAUUGAAUCUUGCAACUUACUGGAAAUGUGAUGCUAGCACUACUGAUGUGAGAGUGGAUUAUAAAUACAAUCCAGAGUCUAUGAAUGUGCCUAGUAUGCUGUCUAAUGUCCAGGUUGUGGUACCAGUAGAUGGAGGAGUAAUAAACAUGCAGUCACUUCCACCUGCAAAAUGGAAUGCAGACCAGAUGAAAGCAUGUUGGAAAAUAUCUAGCAUUUCAGAGAAGUCUGAGAAUGGAGGCUCUGGAUCCCUCAGGGCAAAAUUUGAGCUUUCAGGAGGACCCAGUAAACCAGCAACACUUGCAGUGCAAUUCAUCAGUGAAGGAAGCACCCUUUCAGGAGCAGAUGUGGAACUCGUAGGCACUGGCUAUCGGCUUUCCCUUCUUAAGAAGAGAUUUGCCACUGGACGGUAUAUGGCAGACUGUUGAUGUACCUAUGAAAGUCAUUGGAUCAGGAGUGCAAGAAACACUUGUGACGAUAGGAACUCUGCCCUCUCUAUUUUUCAAACACUAUUUUAACAUGCAUUAAUUUUUAAAAAUAUUGACUUACUUUGAGGCUAAACUACAGAAAGUAAAUGCACUUUUAAAGUCAUUUUGAAAACCUUUUAUUACUUUACAAUAGCACUGAAGUUAAUUUCAACACUGUCUGUAAAUGGUCAACUGCAAUACUUGGGAAAAUUUGUUGAAAAAUUAGUAACUUUGUAUAGAUGAAGUCAAAAUAGUAAUCCACAGUUGUAAUGGAAGUAUGAAAUUUUAUGCUGUACUGUAAACAUUAAACCUAAAAUAUAGGGGAUCUAGUAAGAAAUAUUUGAGCUUUUCAUAAGUAAUACUCAUUUUUCAGAUUCUUUAAUUGCCAGCAUUUAAUUGACAGUUUAUAAAGAUAGAGGCUAUGUCUUGUGUAGUUCUUCUUUCCAUUCAUAACACAAGAACAGCUGAGUUAGAGAUGUAUAAAAAUAACUUGAUGCCCAUGUAUCAUAUAUUAUUAAAAUGUAAGUUGUUUCAUAUAGGGUUUUUUUUAACUAAGUGCAAUGUGUUACAAAUUGCAAAACACAGCAGAGAUUUACUUCUGCAGUUAGUAAAAAUUUUUGGGCCUUGUUAUUAUUUGAGUUAAUGCAGUAGAUUUAAUUUAUUUUUAUAUUAAUUGCAUAACUUUUGUGCCUUUUAAAAAUGCCUGUGCCUAUCUAAUUUGAUACUCAUGUGCCUCACUUCCUUUUACAAAGUGUGGCUCUUCAUCAAGAAAGCAUGGCGUUUGUAUAAUGCACAGAACUUUAUAAAAAUUCUUUUUACUGCAAUUUAUUUAGAAGGCAGGUUUUGCAAAAAUUAUAGUUUGUUUUAAAAGAAAUUUAAAACACUGAAUUAUUUCCUCAAUGAAUAAUUGCAAGUAAAUGUGGUUUUGGUAAAGGGAGCUGCAUCAUGCAGUACUCGGAAACUUUUGAAUUAACUAAUUUUAAUAUCACCAAAGAGAAGAAUCUGAAAAAUCAGUGAGGAUAGGAAAAACAAACUUCUGAAAGCAAACAGCAUUACUCUUUGCUUUGCCUAUAAGUCUUCAGACUUCGAGUGGUUUUGGGGAUGUGCGAUGUGAAUGUACACAUAGUACUUCAGGAGACAUUGUAAAGAAUAUUUUAUGGAUGCAGGGUGACAAAUCCUGUCAUGUGUUCAUUUUUUUUAUAGCUACCAGUUUCAAUAUUUGUAUUGUAAUCUAAUCUGCUUGCUACAGCCUAAGCACAGGGAAUUGACACAUCAGUAACAAUUUUUUUAAGCAAGUCACUAAUUUAGAAAAUUUUCUAUGUAUUUGUAUUACCAAGCUUUUUUGUAAUGUUGAAAUGAUAAGCAUUGGGGCAAAAUAAUUCAAUAACCUGCAUUUGGCAAGUUCAAAUGAACAUUUAGCAUACCAGUAUGUAUUUCAAAUUCUCUAUUAAAACAGUAAAAUAUGCUUGAGUUAAUUCAUGCAAAACCAGUAAUGAAUUGGUCUGCUUUACAAGAAAUUAUGCCUUUGUAGAAGCUGCAUAAAUUGUCGUGUACUCUAGACACUUUUGCCGGUGAGAGUUUCAUUGUUAGUGCUAAGAACAUUGUGUACUGUAGAUUGGAUUGGAAGAGUAUAUUUGGCUCCUAUAUUUUGCUAAUCUUAUUGAUGAUAAAUUUACAACUCAUAAAAUGGUGGUCUUUAUAUUGGAAUUUUAAUUGUAACCUGUUUUGCAAUCAAACUGAUUAACACAACAAUAUUUUAUUAAUGAAAACCCAAAUCUAUUAUUGCUAUUUUUAAUCAAGUAUUACAUUAAUUUCUAAGAUAAAUGAAGUAGUUAAUGUUUCAGCACUUUUAAGCUAGCCUUCAUUCUGGUGUUUUUCAUACAUUUGCUUUGGGUGCAGGUUACAAUUUUGAAGCCAUACAAGUUUAUAUAGACAUUUUGUAAAGAAACUCAAAAACAACGUAAAAAGUAUGUGUAGCUAUCUGAUUUAAAAUAAAAAAACUUAUGUAGCAAGCUGGUUCUUGCUUGUGUAUACAGCAAUGUCCCUUGUAGCUGCCUCCUAAGAAAAUUAAUUUGUGAAGACAACUCUAAAGGACCUGAAUUUUUAUGAAUUGUUACUACAUUAGACUGUAAAUUAGAACAUACAAGUUUAUCUUUCAAAAAUUGUAAAUACUCUGAAUUUUCAUUAAAUGUAAAUUUUAAAAAUUUGCACCCAUAAUAAACAUGUAAUAUAUAAUUUAAAUACUGAUUUAAAUUGCCUGUACUUUUGCAGUAAAGUUCUUCUAAGCAAUAAGGUAAUAGAGAAAAACCAUGCCUGCAUUGAACAUUUGAAAAUACUAAUUUUUAAGUGAUAAAGGGUAGAGAUCAUUAUGAACUCUUUUGUAUAUAUUUAAAAUCAUCACAGAGAAGGUGAAUGGAAAAAUGACUUUUCUAGAACAUUUCAUAUUUACUAAACCGUAAUGUCUGAGAUGUCUGUAGUGCCCUACGCCUUUACUAAAUUGAUUUACUUCACUAAUAAAUUAGAUAAGGCAAAACUGGAUAUGUUUAUGAGAAAAAUCUUGACUCGUGGACAUGAGUUGCUGUCUGUAAAUAGUGCUGUCAAAUGCUGUACAUUGUCUUUGUUUAUGAGCCUAUAUCUUGUGUGUGCAGGAGAAGAAUUAGUGACAAGAUUGAAAUAAUUCCUUCUGAUUUCUAAUGUUCACCAGUCAAAAAGAGUAGACAAUUUAGAACUUCUCCAGCAGUCUGUAUGGUUUAGUCCUUCUAAGCUUUGAGCACAGAACAGAAGCUAAAACUGAACAAACGUUUUUGCAUCUGUUUGGUUCCUACUAAUCCCAGGGCCUGCAGAGGCUUAGUAAGUAAUAACUUAUUAAAUUCACUUUCUCAGCUGGUUGGAUAUCACUGCAAUAGAGGUACCAUUCUUGUCAUGCAGGAAAGCAAUAGUCCAAGGGCUUGAUUCUUAUCUUCUGGCAGGCAGGAAUGAAGAGCACAAGUACGCAGUGGUCAGACUGGUCCAUGUAACACAGUUGUCUGGUCGUCAACACCAGCCAAAGAACAGGCUAAGCCUUGGAGAGCUAAUGUGUCAUUUGCUUUCUGAUCCCCCAGCACCUCAUUUGUUGGUUAGAAAUGUAAAAAGGUGCUGCUCAGUUCUUCUGGUAUUCAUUGAACUUAAAGUGUAACAGAUCUGACUGAGGCUGCUCUGGCACUUCUUUUAACACUUGACUUGCACCCACAUACUGCUCAUAACUGCUGCAAACUGGAUCUCUACUGUCCAAGCAGGUUUGUGAUUAUCUAACUACACAAUCAGGUAGUUUUUCAGGGAAACCUAUCUCUAGCACUGCAAAAUAACAUUUCUGUAGGGUAUUUGAAGGAGCUAAGGUAUUUAAUUAUGAACUGGAACAGCAUGAGAUUUACAACUGUGGCAAGUUUUGCUAUCUAACAUAAAAACAAGAUCUUGCAUCAUGGCAAAAAGUAUUACAUUUCAAGUCUUGUAUGUUUGCAAAGCUUAAGAUACACAGAUGUUAAGAUGCCUAUCUUAAGUUUUCCAAUUCAUACAUAAUUGGUUUCCAUUUCAGUUGUUGUGAAAGGGAAAUUAUACUUAAGAGCGUGCAAGAAAAAAAGUCAGGAAUUCCUCCAAGCAUAGCAUAAGCUAAAAACAGUUCAAAGUACUAAAGCAUCAGAUAACACAUCUACUGUUGAGUUAGCAUUGAUUGGACUGAUCAAAAAGUCUCUCAAGUGAAAACAUAAUUUUUAUCUUUAAUUCUACAUAAAUUACACCAGUAAGUAUUCUGCUCGGCUUACUUUGACCUCCGUGUUUACUGAUAUGUUGAUUUUUGGAUUCUCCAUUACUUCGUUCAAUAACCAAUAUAAGGCAUACAGUCUUAAAAGAAGAGGCCUCUUCUGGAUUACUUACUGAACAUUUAGAGCUCUAAUUCUGCAUUUUCUGUAACUGCUUUUUUUCACUUCCUUUGGAAUAAAUUCUUUUUGUUUUUCAAU